AUGGAAACCGAUUGGAUGAUAGAAGACUCGACGACACCUAAGGUGACGUCAUUAACGUCUUUAGACACAGGUGUGCGGCCAGCGCCCAGUGGCGCGGCGUAUGUGGCAGAGAGGAACACAUGUCUCAACUUGUUCUCGAGAUGGAACGAAACAGAUCAGGUCGAAUUUGUGGAACAGCUCCUGGCGCGGAUGUGCCACUACCAACAUGGCCAUAUCAACGCGUACCUCAAGCCGAUGCUGCAACGAGACUUCAUCAGUAUGCUACCAAAAAAAGGUCUAGAUCACGUAGCAGAGAACAUCCUCUCCUACCUGGACGCGAGUUCCCUCUGCGCGGCAGAGCUGGUCUGCCGGGAGUGGCAGCGCGUCAUCUCCGAGGGUAUGCUGUGGAAGAAGCUGGUGGAACGGAAGGUCAGGACCGACUCCUUGUGGCGAGGACUCGCCGAGAGACGGGGAUGGAUAAUAUACCUGUUCAAACCGAAGCCUGGCUGUCAGCAUCCCUCGCACUCCUUCUACCGACAGCUGUACCCCAAAAUAAUACAAGACAUUCAGUCCAUUGAGGAUAACUGGCGUAUGGGAAGGCAUAAUCUACAGAGGAUAAACUGCCGAUCGGAAAAUUCAAAAGGUGUUUACUGCUUACAAUAUGAUGACAACAAAAUUGUGUCGGGCCUAAGGGAUAAUACCAUAAAGAUAUGGGAUAGGAAAACUUUACAAUGUGUCAAGGAGCUGCAGGGUCACACGGGGUCGGUGCUGUGCCUACAGUACGACGAGCGCGCCAUCAUCUCGGGCUCGUCGGACAGCACGGUGCGCGUGUGGGACGUGGCCAGCGGCGCCAUGCUCAACACCCUCAUACACCACUGCGAGGCUGUGCUGCAUCUUCGCUUCUGUAACGGCAUGAUGGUCACGUGCAGCAAGGACAGAUCUAUAGCCGUGUGGGACAUGACGUCGACGACGGAGAUAAUGCUGCGGCGAGUGCUGGUCGGCCAUCGCGCCGCCGUCAACGUGGUGGACUUUGAUGAGAAGUAUAUAGUCAGUGCUAGCGGAGACCGGACUAUCAAGGUAUGGAACACGUCGUCGUGCGAGUUCGUCCGCACUCUGAACGGGCACAAGCGAGGCAUCGCGUGCCUGCAGUACCGGGACCGGCUCGUCGUAUCCGGCUCCUCGGACAACACCAUCCGGCUGUGGGAUAUAGAGUGCGGACAGUGUAUACGUGUGCUGGAGGGGCACGAGGAGCUGGUGCGGUGCAUACGUUUCGACAAUAAGCGUAUAGUGAGUGGUGCAUACGAUGGCAAGAUCAAGGUGUGGGACCUUCGCGCCGCGCUCGACGUGCGCACGCCGCACCAGGACCUGUGUCUGCGCACGCUCGUUGAGCAUACCGGUCGAGUAUUCAGACUGCAGUUCGACGAGUUCCAAAUAGUGUCGUCCUCCCACGACGAUACGAUACUAGUGUGGGACUUCCUCAACUACGGGGGCGCUUCGCCCGCAGCCCCACCGCCUCGUAGGGCUUCGCCCGAGCACGAUAGGGCGUUUUAUGAU